AUGGUGUCCUGUAGCGUGGCGGUGCCGACGUACUACAAAGCAGCAGAAGAAAGUAUCAUGCCAUCGUCGACCAAGUUUUCAUUGCAAUUUCCUUCCCUGACGUCUGGGCUGCCCAAGGAUAGUGAAACCAAUACACUAGCCGCCGCCGACUGCUGCGUCCAGUGCCCCCAAUGCCACCAGACCGUUCAAGGAAUCGAGAUGCUCAAAGACCACAUACAGCAGCAGCACCACAGUACUGGUAGCGACGUGGACGACGACAGCAGCAGUAACCACCUGGCAGUGCCACGAGCAGAGCCUCACAACGGUGCCAGCUCGGGUGACGCUGGUAGCAGUGAUCCGGAUGCUGAGAACGAUGACGAGGAGGGCGCCGAGGAGGAUGCCGAAGUCGACGAAGACGACGACGUGGACGCAGCCUCCGAAAUAGUCCGGGUCCCAUUCGCGCCGCUCGAGCUGCUGGUGGGGGGCAAGAGCAGCCGGGCGAGUGGAGAUCUCGUCGGCAGUCGGUUACAGGCGAAGUGCAUCAGUUUGCUGCAGCAGCAGCAGGAGCAGCAGCUUCGCCAGGCCAAAGAGCAGCCCACCACCGGCCGGAACCGGAGCCUGGCCAAGGAGGACGAGACCGACCGGGAUGACGAGCAGACAGAGGUAGGAGGGUCGGAAACGACGACACUGACGCCCACGCCGAUCGGCGUCGGUGGCAGUGCGGACCUCCAGCACCCUCCGUACCAUCUGUCGCCGCCCUAUCACCUCCAGCAGACCAAUGGAUCGUACGGCCGCAGCACGCCGGUGAUCAGUCCGGCGCGGAGCGGCAGCAGUAACGCCAGCAGCGCCGCCAGCAGCACCGCCAGCUGCCUGCUGUCCGGUAAGGACCCCGAGAUGAUGUACCUCUGUGCGCAGUGUCCAGCGACGUUCGCGAGUCGCAGUCAGUACGAGAAGCACGAGAUGCAGCACUCCGCCUCGGCCGUCGUGUGCUGCAAGGUGUGCAACAAACCGUUCGCCAACGUGUACCGGCUGCAGCGGCACAUGAUUUCGCACGACGAGUCGACCCUGCUGCGGAAGUUCAAAUGCAACGACUGUGAUAAAGCGUUCAAGUUUAAGCAUCACCUGAAGGAGCACGUGCGUAUCCACUCGGGCGAGAAACCGUUCGUCUGCAGCAACUGCGGCAAGCGCUUCUCGCACUCCGGCUCCUACUCGAGCCACAUGACCUCGAAGAAGUGCAUCAACAUCGGCAUCAAGAUGCACCACCACCACCACCACCACCAGCUCCAGCACAACUACAACAACAACACUAGUAGCAAUAACAAAAACAACACACACUACCCGCACAAGAACAGUAGCAGUAGCAGCAGCAGUAGCAACAACAACAACAAUAGUGGCCUUGCGAUAAACGUCAACUGUGUGGCGAGUGGUGGGAGAAAGUCACAGGCGCUGUCACAGGCGCCGGUCGCUGUCAUCGAUCACCGUACGGCCGCCGGCAGGGCGGCCGUCGCGGCCGCCGCCGCCGCCGCCGCCGCCCUCCACCUCGACCUGGACUGGGCGACGGGCGGGGGGAUGCGGGCGCUCGGAGGGAAACCGGGCCACCUUCCCAUCUCGCCCUCCUCCUCCUCCGCGUCCUCGUCUUCCUCGGCCCCGUCGAACUACGGUGCGAUGAACCUGCUGGCCACACUCGGCAACCCGUUCUACUCGAUGGCGAUGAUCAGCAACCAGACCUACAGCCUGCAGUGUUUGCUUGAGCUGUCGGCGGCUGCCCAGCAGCAGCAGCAGCACCACCACCACCAGCAAACCGCGGCCGACACGAUGGGUUCGCUGAUCUACAAACCCCACGGACAGCUGACAGGCAGCGAAGAGGCAGAGGAGGAAGAGGAGGCACAGGAGCCGGGCGCCGCCCGGGAGCCGGCGGCCAGUGACGCGUGUGCGGUGGCCCUACCGUCCCCCGGCAAGGGCCACGAGGACGAGCUGAUCGUGGACAGCCCCGAGGAGGCCCCCAUGGAGGUUGACGGGGACGGCGAGAAGGUGGAACCGCUCGCGGAAUGUGAUAUGGCCGGUGAAGAUGCGGCCGAGGACGAUAGCUCUGCUGCGGGCGGCGGCGGCCGGGAACAGGAUUCGGGUGCCACCAUCAAACCGGACGAUCCGGACGGGGAGGUCGAAAGGGACGGGAGUUGGCGGUUCGAUCCGCUUCCGACCAAACAGGAACCACCGGACGCUGCCGAUGUGCCGAUGGAUGAUACGGGGCCAGGACACCCCACCGAGCGGCAUCCGUACGGGGGUGGGCAAGGAUCACCGGAACCGGGAGCACCGGUGGCGAUGAAAACGGAACCACUGGAACCGGCGGAGCGGCUACAGUGCGUGUACUGUGGUCACAACUUUUCCAACCAAACCGAGCUGAUGCAACACACGCAGCUGUUCUGCAAGGAGUCGCUCCUGCGGAAUCAGUUCGUGGCGGCGGCUGCGGUAGCGGCGAGUGCCGCCGCCAUGCCCAGCUGCAGUGAAGAUGACACCGACUACGACGGAAGUGGCUGCAGCAGCACCGGCAGCAGCAAGGUUCGCGUCCGGACGGCCAUCUCGGAGGAGCAGCAGAGCGAGCUGAAGCGGUACUACGCGCACAACAGCAAGCCGAGCCGGGACGAGUUUCAGGCCAUCGCCCAGCACGUCAAGAUGGAGGCCCGGGUGGUGCAGGUCUGGUUCCAGAACAAUCGGUCCCGCGAGCGCAAGAUAGGCUCGGCGCUGGGCCCGACCGGCGACCCGGUGGUGGCCGGAGCGGCCCCCAGUUCGCCCCUGCACGCCGACCGUGCCCCGUCGGUGGUGACGGGGCACGAGGCCACCGAUCAGCCGCUCGACCUGUCGCUCAAGAAGGACCUCGCGAUGGCGGAAGGAGCGGCCCUCCUGAGUGCGGCGGCCAGUGACUCGACGGCCACCUCAGGGGCGGUGGGGUCCCUGCCGGCCGUCCUGCUGCAGGCUGCGGGCCAGGCCGACACCAUGUCGGCGCUGAACGAAGCGAUGAACCUCACGAUCAAAACAUCCCACUUGCCGGCCGCGUUCUACUACAACGACAUUCACCCGAUCCACCACAAUGCCAACGCGCCGGCUCCGCUGCAGCUGAGCUUCGACGACAGCCUACGCAAAGCGUCGUCCCCGUCGUCGCACCACCAGCCCCUGCUGUACACGCACCUGGCGGGGCAACCGGGCACAUUCCGGGGGCCGUCGAUAGCGGCCCUCCACCAUCCGGCCGGCCUGCCCGGUCCGCUGGAUCCGAUGUUCCACCAGAUCUCGCCGAAACUAGCUAGCACCGGUGCUAGCGCCGGGAGCGGUACCAGCCUCGCUAGCCUUAGCCCGGUACCGCGGGACGACCUGCACGACGCGGUGGGCGGCGGUGGCGGUGGGUACGAGGUAACCGGCAGCAAGUACUACGGUGCGUUCAGCGAGAAGAAGAUGCUCCAGUCGAUGCUAAACGUGCCGAAGCGUGUGGCCCCACCCUACGUUUGCAGCACCAUCAUGGCGGUGGCGGGCCAGGGGAGUGCUAAGGACAAUCAGCAUCACCAGCACCAGCACCAGCACCAGGCACCGGACGCCGAGGGGCAGUACGUUUGCGAUCAGUGCGAUAAAACGUUCAGCAAGCACAGCUCACUGCAGCGGCACAAGUACGAGCACUCGGGUCAACGGCCGUACAAGUGCGUCGAGUGCCCGAAAGCGUUCAAGCACAAGCACCACCUGACCGAGCACAAGCGGCUGCACAGUGGCGAGAAGCCGUUCCAGUGCUGCAAGUGCCUGAAGCGCUUCUCGCACUCCGGCUCCUACAGCCAGCACAUGAACCACCGCUACUCGUACUGCAAGCCGUACAGGGAUGGCAAAUAA